CUCUCCCUCCCUCCCUCCCUCUCUCUCUCUCUCUCUCUCUCUCUCUCUCUCUCUCUCAUUAAAUAUUCACUGCCUCCGCUCAAAAUCCAGACUCUUGUUCUCGAUGCCAAACAGGCGACCAUGAAAGGCGAAUACGUAGAACCUCGUCAACACAGAAACAACCAAGCCAUGUUCUCCAAGCUCAACCCCUUCUCUCAUCAUUUCCAGCUCCAAGAACAAGAUGAUGACAACAACAACCCAACCCCAACUGCCCCGCCUCAUUCUCCCAACCCCACCGAGCCCGCUAACGAUGGGGCCACCAUUGAGGUCGUCCGUCGCCCCAGAGGAAGACCUCCCGGCUCCAAGAACAAGCCGAAACCUCCUCUUGUCAUUACUCGAGAGCCUGAACCUGCUAUGAGUCCCUACGUUCUACAAGUUCCUGCUGGAAACGAUGUCGUGGAUGCUUUAUCCCGAUUUUCUCGCCGUAGAAACCUCGGGCUCUGCGUUCUCACUGGAUCGGGUACGGUUGCUAACGUCACUCUGCGUCAGCCCUCCACCACUCCCGGAGCUACCAUCACGUUCCAUGGUGGGUUCGACAUACUUUCUAUCAACGCCACUUUUUUUCCCCAAACCUCGUCGCAUCUGUAUCCGAAUAUGUUCACGAUCUCGCUUGCGGGACCGCAGGGGCAAAUCGUUGGUGGAGCGGUUGCGGGCGGGUUGAUGGCUGUGGCCCCGGUAUUUCUAAUUGCGGCGUCGUUUAACAACCCAAGUUACCAUUUGUUACCACCUGAGGAAGAGGCGGGGAACUCGGUUUCUGGCGGCGGAGGCGGAGAUGGACAUUCUCCACCGGUAUCCGGUGGUGGUGGUGGAGAGAGUGGGACUCGAGGAGAUCAGUCGUGCGGGAUGCCGGUGUAUAAUUGUAAUUUGGGAUCUGACGUAAUUUGGGCUCCCACUGCAAGGCCACCGCCUUAUUGAUCAUCAGCUUAAUUAAUUUCAUUAAAUUUUAAUUAGAAGAUCAUUUUAUUUGUUUAGUUUCAUAAAUGUUGAUGUGAAAAUAAUGUUUGUUUUAGCCUUUUAUGAAUUAAUUAGUAGUUUAUUUUUCAAAUACCAUGUGAAAUAUUCUUUUAAUCGGAAUCGAAUUUUGAACACA